CAAUGACAGAAAAUAAAUAAAUAAAUAGUAAACAAACAAUACUUUCCUGAAUUUUCGUUGGAAUCUAAAAUGAACACAAAUAUUGCUUCCAGGGAUUUUUCCAGUAUUUGUCGAUUAUGCUUAGGUUUCGGUGAAUUGCAACCAAUUUCGGAAUCUGACAUAGUGAACUCAUUCCACAACUUGAUCAACAUUGAGUUCACAAGAGACGAUAAACUACCACAAAAUAUGUGUAAUGUCUGCCUCAACCUAUUAGAAACAAUUUCCACAUUCAUAGAAACAUGUAAAAGUAAUGAUGAGUUGUUGAGAAUGAUUGUUGUGAAAGAACAACUGCUACAAGAGAAUGAAUACUGUGACAAUGAUGAUGAGAAUUUCGAUAAUGAUGAGUACUUUGAUGAUGUAAAAAGUGAAUGUGACAAAGACUACUAUUUCAAGCAAGAUCUGAAGGAAGAAAUCAUAACAGAACCUGACAUAGAGAUAGACUUGAGCACAGAUGUCUCAAAUUGUUGUCAAAACUGUGGUGAAUCUUUUUCUUCAAAAGAAUCCCUAUUGGAACACCAUAAUGAAAUAAUUAUUUGCCGACCAGACGAUUUUGGAGUUGCUCAAGCAUACAUAAAUUACCUAGAAAAGAGCAAAGGAAGAAGAAAAAAGAAAGUAUUAGGUGAUGGAGAGCCAGAAUAUGUGAAUGGCAAAAAAUUGAAAGGAAUAAGGCAAUUCCUUUGCAAUCAUUGUGGAAAGAACUAUACAAGGAAAAAUGGACUGGAACGUCAUAUGUUGACACAUUCAGGCUUGAAACCAUUUCAGUGUAGGGAGUGUGGCAAAGCUUUCAUCACCAAAGACAUAUUAAAAACCCACAUGUUGACUCAUUUGGGUAUAAAAGAGCAUAAGUGCAAGGUUUGCCAGAAGCAGUUCACUCAAUCAAGCCAUUUGGGUUACCACAUGCGUCGCCACUCUGGUGAAAAACCACAUACAUGCUCUUUCUGUGCCAAAGCAUUCCUUUCCAGCUACCACCUAGAGCGUCACAAACUUAUGCACACAGGCGUCAAACCUUACAGGUGCGAACAGUGCGGCAAACAGUUCGUGCGCAGCACCACGCUGCGCGACCACCUGUUGAUCCACUCGGGCGAGAAGCCCUUCCAGUGCCAGCACUGCGGCAAGCAGUUUAACCGCAAGCAGUCGCUGACCAAUCACGUGUCGAUGCACGGCGCGGCACACGCGCGAGGCGACAGGCCGGCCGAGCGGAAUUUUGUGAACAGCGAGGAAACGAAGGACGAAGACGAGGACCCUUUAGCUUUGUCGUUGCACGAGGCCACGUGAGGGUACUCGUCGGGUUUAUUAUGCCUAGGGAAAUUGAGAGGAGAAGGUAUUGCAGGAAGGUUCUGCUAGGGGAAAGUGUGCUUGCAUAACAAAUUGAGGUUGUGUGAUAGCGCUAGAUAAUGGUGCUUGGGGAGUAAGAAUUAACUUUUUCUUCUGAAACCAUCAAAUCAAUAAUGAAUAUUCUUGUAUUAUAGUUUCAUUAAUUCAGUUGUUUAUUUUAUUAUAUUUAUAUGAUAUAGUUAUUUUAAUAAAUUGUUGUGAA